AACUAGUCAGACGACUUUGGGAACCUGGGAGCAGGAGCCAAGAGGAAGAGAAGUAGCACGGUGGACAAAGGAAUGGAUUGAAGGACAGACAGGCAACCAGAUUCAAGGCUGCAGGAUGAAGCUUUUGCCUAGCUGGAGAGCCGUGUUGCCUCUGGGCCCCCAGGGCCAAGCCUGGCAAUGGGCGCAGCAACCCCGAAGAGCUUCUCAAAUCUGUGCUCCAAACAUGAGGGCCCAGGAGGAUCCCGAGGGCCGGACACAGCAUGAGUCCCAGGACUCAACAGGAAAUUCCACCAGGAAUCCACAGUUGCCCCUACCCAUGGAGCCCAAAUUUGACAUGUUGUAUAAGAUUGAGGACGUGCCACCUUGGUACCUGUGUAUCCUGCUUGGCUUCCAGCAUUACCUGACAUGCUUCAGUGGCACCAUCGCUGUUCCCUUCCUCCUGGCUGAGGCGCUGUGUGUGGGCCACGACCAGAACAUGGUCAGCCAGCUCAUUGGCACCAUCUUCAUGUGCGUGGGUAUCACCACUCUCAUCCAGACCACACUGGGCAUCCGGCUGCCACUGUUCCAGGCCAGUGCCUUCGCGUUUUUGGUUCCAGUCAAAGCCAUCCUGGCCCUGGAGAAAUGGAAAUGCCCCCCGGAAGAGGAGAUCUACGGCAACUGGAGUCUGCCUCUGAAUACCUCUCAUAUCUGGCACCCCCGAAUACGAGAGGUCCAGGGUGCAAUCAUGGUGUCCAGCAUGGUGGAGGUGGUGAUUGGGCUGAUGGGGUUGCCUGGGGCCCUGCUCAGCUACAUUGGGCCUCUCACAGUCACCCCCACUGUCUCACUCAUUGGCCUGUCUGUCUUCCAAGCUGCUGGUGACCGAGCAGGUUCCCACUGGGGCAUCUCAGCUUGCUCCAUUCUCCUGAUCAUCCUCUUCUCCCAGUACCUGCGCAAUGUCACCUUCCUGCUGCCCGUCUACCGCUGGGGCAAGGGCCUGACUCUCUUCCGAAUCCAGAUGUUCAAGAUGUUUCCCAUCGUGCUGGCCAUCAUGACCAUGUGGCUGCUCUGCUAUGUGCUGACCCUGACAGAUAUGUUGCCUUCAGAUCCAACAGCCUAUGGCUACCAGGCACGAACUGAUGCCCGUGGAGAGAUCAUGAGUAUUUCACCCUGGGUUCGCAUUCCAUACCCCUGUCAGUGGGGCCUGCCCACAGUGACUGUGGCUGCUGUGUUGGGAAUGUUCAGUGCCACACUGGCAGGCAUCAUCGAGUCCAUUGGUGAUUACUAUGCUUGUGCCCGACUGGCUGGUGCACCACCCCCUCCAGUCCAUGCUAUCAAUAGGGGCAUCUUCACCGAAGGCAUCUGCUGCAUUAUCGCGGGGCUGUUGGGAACGGGCAACGGGUCCACCUCGUCCAGUCCCAACAUUGGCGUCCUAGGGAUUACUAAGGUGGGCAGCCGGCGCGUGGUGCAGUAUGGUGCGGGUAUCAUGCUGGUCCUGGGUGUCAUCGGCAAGUUCACGGCCCUCUUUGCCUCCCUCCCUGACCCUAUCCUGGGGGGCAUGUUCUGCACCCUUUUCGGCAUGAUUACCGCUGUGGGGCUCUCCAACCUGCAGUUCGUGGACAUGAACUCCUCUCGAAACCUCUUUGUGCUCGGAUUUUCCAUGUUCUUUGGGCUCACUCUGCCCAAUUACCUGGAUUCCAACCCCGGCGCCAUCAACACAGGCUCUCCUGAAAUGGACCAGAUUCUGACUGUGCUGCUGAGCACCGAAAUGUUUGUGGGCGGGUGCCUUGCUUUCAUACUGGACAACACAGUGCCAGGGAGUCCAGAGGAACGAGGCCUGAUACAGUGGAAAGCUGGGGCCAAUGCCAACAGUGAGACAUCUGCAAGCCUGAAGAGCUAUGACUUUCCCAUUGGGAUGGGUACAGUAAAAAGGAUUGCCUUUCUGAAAUACAUUCCUAUCUGCCCAGUCUUCAAAGGAUUUUCUUCAAAGUCAAAAAAUCAGUCUCGUGUUCCAGAAGACAUUCUGGAAAAUAUAGAAGCUGGGUCUGCAGGCACCAAGGUCUGAACAUUACUUCCAAGAAAGGAAGCAUGAUAUAUAACAGCAAAAGAAAACUACAUGGGGAGCCAGAAGACCUAAGUAUGAAAUUCCAGUUCUGCCUCUUUCUAACUUCUUGUGUAAGCUUGGAUAAAUCACUCUGAGACUCCAUUUUUGCAUCAGUUAAAAAAAAAAAAAAGGUGAAAUGGACUAAAGUCUCUAAAAGCUGUAAAGACUUGUACCAACAUUAAGCUAUGUUUUUAAGUCUUUACUUUCCUAAGCAGAUGUCUCUGUGUAUAGGAAGAAUAGCUGGAAAUUCUCCUCUACAACAAUUUGGGUUCCAGGUAGAUAAAUUAAUUACAAAAAGAAACCAGGACAGACUCCAGGACCUAAAUAUAAGUAUGCUGGUAGACUUUUAUACUAAAUUUGACCCCUAUGUCACUUGGACCAAAACAUAAUAUUAAAAAUUACACUGGAGUAAUAAUUUUAGUUUUGUAUUUUAUACUCAACAAUUUCCUUAGAUAGGAUAUAUUCUCCCAUCCCCCAGGGGAAAUAUAUUUACACUUUAAGUGUAUAGUUUAGGGCUAGAGAUGUAGCUCAGUGACAGAGCAUCUUCUUAGCAUGCUCAAUCCCCUGGUCAUUCCCAGUCAUUCCCUGACAAAAAAAAGUGAAGUACAGUUUAAAUAAAAAAGCAGUAUACUUGAAUGUGCACUCUCUUGGCUAUAGAAAAGUUAGAACAAAUCAAUCUCAGACUGAGUAGAAAAAGUUUCUACUAUGGAUUUAUUCUGGGUCUAAAUUAAAUUUAUACAUUAAGCUUGGUAAAGGGUGUUACUUGUCAGAGCAACCAGGAUUAUCUGUGACUUGAAUAACAUAGUCAUAAGCAAGCACAUCCCAAUGGAGUAUUUAGAUCAUACAUCUGGCUCAAUUGGGUUAUCAUUAUUUACUGCAACAAAAUACACCAAAACGUAAAUUUUAGUGUUCUCUAAAUAGUCCUUUAGGAGAACAGUUUCCAAAUGUCUAAUGGGUAGGAUGCAGUAUAAUGAAUCAGCUGGGGUGCUUUUAAAAAAUUAACAUGCCUAGAAGAUUAAUUCUCCAAGUCUAUGAUGCCCAAGAGGAACUGAUUUUUGUUUUUGAAGCUUCAGAAGUAAUUAUCAGUACAGAUUAGGAAGCAAAGACAGUGAAAGACAACUGCAAAAAAUGCUUCAGAGUACAGUGGGUAGUAGAAGCAACCAGAUAUUAUAAAUGUGGACCAAAAGGCAAAUAUUCAAGACAGGUGUGAAUGUACACCUGAAAUCCCAGCUAGUCAGAGGCUGAGGAAGGAGAAUUUAAAGUUCAAAGUCAGCCUCAGCAAAUUACCAAGACGCUGUCUCAAAAUAAAAAGAGCUGGGGGUGUAGUUCAGUCGUACAAUGAGUUCCUGCGUUCACUCCACAGUACCACAAAAAAACAAAAUAAAAUAAAAAGAGCAGGGAACAUAGCUCUGUGGUAAAGCACCUGUCAAUCAUGCAUAAGAUCAAUGACUACUACCACCAGCAAAAAAAAAAAAGUCAAUAUUCAGACCUAGAGAAAAUUGUUUGCUUUCAAAAAAUUCAUUUAUCUUAAUUUUA